AUGGACCCUGAAGUGGAAUCCGCAGACGUGAUUUGUCUGAUCAUGCAAUACCUGAAUGAAAAUCAUUUUCAUCGCACUCUGGCGAUGCUACAAGAGGAGACAGCAGUCUCUCUCCACACAGUCGACAGCAUCGAAAGCUUCAUCUCCGAUAUCAACAACUGGCAAUGGGAUAUAGUGCUGCUAGCAAUCCAGUAUCUGAAACUUCCUGACAAGCUGCUCAUUGACCUUAACGAACAGGUAAAGUUUGUCAUAAAAGUGUCAUUACAAUUAAAUACUCUGGGAGCUGCUCAGUCUUUACUAAAGCAAACUGAUCCCAUGAUCAUGCUGAAGCACACUCAACCUGAGCGCUCAGUAUACUCACACCUGGAGAGCCUUCUCAUAAAACCAUUUUUUGAGUCAGAAGAAGCAUAUCCAUUGGGCAGCAGUAAAGAGAAGCGCAGGCUGGGAACCCCAGGGGAUUGCAAAGGUAGGCUUCAUUGUUUGAAAUCAGGAAAGAUGCUAAAGGAGUUUAGAGGCCAUACAGCUCAUAUAAAUGACGUCACCUUCUCACACGAUGGCCAGCAUAUCAUCAGUGCAUCAGCAGAUGGCACAGUAAAGGUCUGGAGCAUGAAGACAAUGGAUUGCACCCACACAAUAAAAACCCCUGACAUUCCUGUGGGUACAGACAUCACUGUUAACAACGUUGUGCUUGUCCCAAAGACUACAGAGCACUUUGUAGUGUGCAAUAGGACAAACACGUUUGUUGUUACAAACAUUCAUGGCCAGGUGAUGAGGAGUUUCUCUUCAGGCACAAGAGAGGGGGUGGACUUUGUUUGCUGCACAUUGUCUCCAUGUGGAGAGUGGAUUUAUUGUGUGGGAGAAGACUAUAUUCUGUACUGCUUCAGCACUAUCACUGGCAAGCUAGAGAGAACCCUCACAGUACGGUCCGCCCUCACAGCACAUGCUGCAUAUCCACGAGAUUUGUUUUAGUCGGGUGAAGUGUGAUAGGUUUACAGCUAAAGCUGUCUUCAGAACAGCUUCCAGAACAAUUGGUAUUUAUAUUCAGAACAUUGGCUGUAACUCUAA